AUGGAUUACCCAACAAGUAAUCGUCCACCUCAACCACCGAUGCAUCAUCAAAUGCCGCCUCAUCCAAUGCAUCAUUCUCAACAUCCACUACUUUCAAAUCAAUUACAACCAAUUAAUCCUGAAACUCAUACAUCGAUGUGGUUAGAUGAUCCAUAUAAUGUUUCAAAUGCAUCUGCAUCACAACGUGAUUCAGGAUUUAAUUCUCGUCCAGCAUCAUUACGUAGUAUUGAAUCAACAGUAACAAGUACAACAGGUCCUUUACAUCAUGGAUCAACAACACCUAUUGCUUAUGAGCAAUUACCUCCACCACCUCCUCUACCACCUGAUCAUGAAGGUCUUCAUCCACAAUAUGCUGAAAUGCAACCAGCACCUGUUCCACAUGCUCGAUCAGAUCCUAAUCAAGUUAUACCUGAAUUACUUAACUUAUUAAUGGAAGAUGAUCCUGUUAUUGUUCGUGAAGCUGUAACAUUAACACAAAUGUUAAUUAAAGAAGGUGGUGAAGCCCGUUCCGAAGUUAUCCGAAAUCGUGAUUUAAUUCUUGCUUUAUUGGAUAGUUUUUCAAAAGAUAUUGGAGAUGGUAAAAUAAUCUAUGCACUUGCUAGUUUAUUUCAUUCACUUUCUCAACAACAAGAAGGUCUCCGUGCAUUACUUGAAUGUGGUGGUAUUCCACGAUUAAUUCAAAUCCUUGAUUCACCUGAUAGUACAGUUAAUUUUGUUAUAACAACAUUACAUAAUUUUCUAAUCGUUCUUCAAGAACAAUCCGCAAAUGAAAUUGAUCGUUGUAAUGGUACACAAAGUUUUAUAAAUUUACUUCAUAGUGCAAAUGAUAAAUUAUUAACAUUAUUAUCUGAUUGUUUACUUAAAAUGACAAAUUAUAAUUUAAAUUCAAAACUUUUUAUACAAAAUAAUGAAGAAUGUGUUCAACGUCUUUUAUUUAUAUUUGAUACAACAAAAUAUGAUAAAUUAUUAUUAACAAUAUCAAAAUUAUUUCCAAUAAUAUCAUCAGGAAAUGAAAUAAUUAAACGAGUAUUUUUACAAUUAAAUGCAUUAAGUAUAUUUGAAAAACAAAUUAAAACAACCAAAAGUAUUCGAAUUAGACAUAAUUGUCUUAUUGCAUUAAGAAAUAUAUCUGAUCAAGCAACACGAAUGCGUGAUGUUGAUUCAUUAAUUCAACAGUUAACAGGAAUAUUAUUAACCGAUGAUCAACAAUCUGUAUUGUGUUCAUUAGGUAUAUUAAGUAAUUUAACAGCUGAUAAUCGAGCCAAUAAAAGUUUAUUAGUAAAAUUAAAUGGUGUACAAACAUUAAUGCAAAAAUUGAUGGUGAAUACUGAUGGAAAUGAUGAUUUAAUUGAAGCUGCUUUAUGUACACUUCGACAUGUAACUGCACGACAUGAUUUUGAAAAUGAAGCGCGUGAAGCAAUUAGAAAAUCUUAUGGUAUUGGAAAUAUAAUUAAAUUAUUACGGGAUAAAAACUUCAAAGAACAUUGGGGAAUAGUUAAAGCUAUAGUUGGUUUAAUAAAAAAUUUAGCUUUAUCAUCAACAAUAAUUUCACAAUUAAGUGAACAAAAUGGUGUUAGAAAAUUAAUUGAAUUAUUAAUAAAUAUUGAUCGAGAACGAGUGAAAAUUUAUGAAGAAAAUAAACAACAAUAUUUUCAUCAAUUUGAUGUUAUGGUUGAAAUUAUUCUUGGAGCUUUGAAUAAUUUAGCGAAAGAUUUAAAUUGUAAAACAAUUAUUAAAGAAAUGAAUUGUUCAUCAAUUUUUAUACGUUAUUCACAUUUACCAUCUUGUUCAUUACAACAAAGUGCAAGUGUUCUAUUAAAAGAAUUAAAUAUCGAUCGAGAUCGAACGCAAUUAAGUGAUUCAUCAUCUCAUCAACAAUUUAAUAAUAAUAAUAAUAAUAAUAAUAAUAUCGAUUCUCGUCAUAUUCGACAGCAGUGA